AGGCUGCUGUAAUUUCUAAAAAAAAUGUUGUCAUAACAAAUUUAAAUUAUUCUUUUUGCAAUUUCUAAAAUUUUUAAAAUUAUUAUGAAUUUUAAAUAAUUUUAACUUAAUGUCUCGUUAAGGAUGACAAAAUUACAACUAACGCUGGCCAUUAUAAAGCCACAUGCAGUCAAGAAUCCCGUCGCUCUUUCGUACAUAAGAAAUGUUAUCAAGAAUAACUUUGUUGUUAUUAAAACAAAAAGGAUCAUUUUGGACACUGAAGCAGCGGGUAAUUUUUACAAGGAGCACGUAGAAAAGUUCUUUUUCAACCGCCUAGUUACAUUUAUGGCUAGUGGUAGUAUAGACCUGCAUAUAAUGGGGCACGUACAUGCAGUGGAGCUGUGGCGGCGCAUGCUGGGCCCCACCAAAGUGUACAAAGCUCAAUUUCAAGAGCCUCACUGUUUGCGAGGCAUGUUUGGUAUAUCUGACACCAGGAACGUUGCUCAUGGUUCAGAUUCACAAUCAUCAGCAGAGAGAGAGAUAAAGUUCUUUUUCCCAGAGUUUUCCUUCUAUAACUGGCACACAAACGACGAGGUUAGAUAUAGAAAAGGUCCCAUUAUGUUCAACAAUCAUCUAUUCCAACAUGUUAAAAAAUUAUAGGCCCUAAUCCUCUAGCUUACAACGAAAGAUAUUAACAAUUUUAACUGACUGUAAAUAAUUAUGCAUGAAACUGUUGUCAGAAUAGUUAUAUAUGCCACUGUCAUGUAAUGAGGGCCAUGCUACAUUGGCUAAUUAAGUGCAGUGGCAUACAAUACUUUUUCUACAAUCAUUAUUAAAAGAAUUACAAAAAACUUAGUAAUAUUUAAUUGGUGUUGGACAUGGCUGAUUUUGUAUUGGUGUGACCUUAUAGAUUUUGUCUCUUAUAAGGCUGAAUUUUUGUAGCCAAUGCCAGGGAACUAAUACUACUACAUGGAACUAUUUACCUGUGUGGUAAUGAACCUUACUAAACAACCCGUAGGAGUGGAUAACUUUGUGAUAUGGUUUGAGUUGGAUAUGUUGGAUAUAGAUGGAUCAAGUUGGUAUCAUCCAAAUUGGCCCACCUUUAUAUUGUGACUAGCGGACGCCCGUGAAUUUUAUAUUGUAACGCCCGUCCGCUUUUGUUUGUUUGUUGGUCUAUCGGAGAUCAGUCUCUAGACCAUAAUCCGAUCAAAUGACUUUUUAGUAUGUCGAUUCGGGCUCUGCACAUCCACUGAUGUAGCGUCCCUCCAGGAAUGAGUAUAUACUACUAUACUAUGUUGGCCAGUCGUGUUCGUUUCAGGCGGAAUUUGCAGUCGCUGACGUCUAACAAUUUGACAGCCAGGUUGUUUUUAUGGCGCUCAAGCCUCUGUUUGUAGGCCUCUAGUGACCUGUCUAUUUCCUCCUUAACAGGUGAAAUGUUAAGAUGGCUGUGUGUUUCUGCAGUCUUGACGAACCAUGGUGCAUUGCAUAUUACAUUCAAUACAUUGUUUUGGAAGCGCUGAAGUAUUUCAAUGUUUGAGUGGCUAGCAGAGCCCCAGAGUUGAAUACCGUAAGUCCAUACUGGUUUUAUAACACAUUUAUAUAUCAGCAGCUUGUUUUCCAGGCUUAGUGUGGAUUUUCUCCCAAUCAACCAAUACAGUUCUCGAAAUUUCAUAUUGGCCUGAUCUCGUUUCACCUUAAUGUGAUCUCUCCAAGUCAAUCUUCUAUCCAGAUGUACACCUAAAUAUUUUACGGUUGUUUGGUGGGGUAAGGUAAUCUCGUCUAGUUUCACAGCAGGACAAUCUCCCCUUCUUAACGUAAAUGUUAUGUGGCUUGAUUUGGUUGCACUAGCUUUGAUUCUCCAUUUUUUGAGCCAGGAACAAGUUUUAUUUAGGUGUUCUUGUAGAUUUAGAGAAGCUAUGUUGGGAUCUACAUUGCGUGAGAGCAGAGCAGUAUCAUCUGCAUAAGUCGCUGUUAUCACAUUUUGGGACAAAGGCAUGUCAGCUGUAUAGAUAGUAUAUAGGACGGGGCCCAGCACCGACCCCUGUGGUACUCCAGCUUCGAUUUUGUAGAAAUUAGACAAUUGGUCAUUACAUUUGACUUGGAAUAUGCGUUCGGAGAGAUACGAUUUUAUGAGCAUAUAUGCUGUGUUUGGCAUGCACUGUUUUACUUUAUAUAUAAGGCCUUUAUGCCAAACACGAUCAAAAGCCUGUUGGAUGUCUAGAAAAGCAGCUGAACAGUAUUCUUUUCGUUCUAGUGUCUGACGAAUAGUGUGUGCCACUCUGUGAAUCUGCUCUGUUGUUCCAUGAUGGGCCCGGAAGCCAAACUGGUGAUCUGGUAAUAUUUUUUGGUCUUCUAAGACAGGUUCUAAUCGUUUAAGGAAUAGUUUCUCAAACAGUUUUGAUAGUACUGGGAGAAGACUUAUUGGUCUGUAUGAAGACACAUUUGUAGGAGACUUUCCUGGCUUGGCUAUCAUAUUUAUUAUGGAGACUUUCCAGAGUGACGGGAAAUGUUGUGUUCUCAAUAUUGCAUUGAACAAUACUGUUAGUAGUAUGACUCCUUUUUUUGGCAACUGUUUUAAGACUUCAGCUGUGAUGAGGUCAUAGCCGGGUGCUUUCUUUAGUUUUAGCUGGUUUAUUUCUUUAAGAAUUUCUUUUGGGUUAACUGGUCUCAUUGGAAUCGAUAAUUGCUGGUCACUCUCAGUAACUUUGUUGAUUUCAUCUUCUGUUUCUGAAGGAUCGGGAUCAUUUGGUUUAAAUACCUCCUGCAGGAAUUGAGCAAAUAGCUCGGCUUUUUCUGUAGGGGUUCUAGCCCAGUUACCAUCAGAUUUUUUAAGAGGUGGCACAUAAUCUGUUGACUUUUUGAGAGGUUUGGUCAUUUUAUAAAGAGAGUAGUCUUCUAGAUUUAUAAGGAGAAAGUGUCUGUAGUUGAUCUUGUAGGGUCAUAUUUUCAUUUUCAUCCAUCAUAACUUUAAUUUCUUUUUUCGCCUUGUUGAGUAACCGCUUAUCAUGACUGCUCCUGCUUGCGUGCCAUCGUCUCCUAAGGCUCCUCUUGUCAGCUAUUUUUUGCCGGAUUUCUGCAGGGUAAUACAGGCUCUGAGGUGUAGAUUCUAGGUAUGGAGUAGACAACCACGCCGCCUCUUGUAUUAGGUUAGUAGCGUAUAAAACUGCGUCAUCGAUCUCUUUUGCUGUUUUUAAUGAAAUUCGUAAGUUAACCUUGUCGUCUAUGUAGUCUCGGAAGGCUUCCCAGUCUGUUUUCUUAUUAUAAAGGGUCUCGCGUGGUUCCUUCAGGAUAACUGUAGUGCUCAAGGUACAUAUGACUGGAGUGUGAUCAGAAGAUCCAUCUAGACAAGUUUUGAUUUUUGUGUAUAAACCAGACAUUCCCUUAGUGAUAAAGAAGUCAAUAAGAUCUGGAGUUUUAGUACGAUCACUUGGCCAGUGAGUUGGUUCGCCACCUGACAGUACAUUGAGGUGGUUUCUUUCAACUGCCUUUCUUAGUUCUCGUCCUCUAGUAGUGACCAGUCUUGAACCCCAUAAGGUAUUCUUGGCGUUCCAGUCACCACCUGCAAUAUAUUUACUACCAAGUGUUUGAAAGAACUCAACAUACAUUUCUUCAGAAAUCUUAUGUUUGGGAGGACAAUACACGGCUGCAACAUUUAGGGUUCCUUGCCAGUCGUCUAUAGAUACUAUGGAGGCCUGUAGGAAUUCAUGUUUAAAGUUACGAAGAACAUGUUGUUUUAUAUUUUCUCUAAUUACUACUGCAGCUCCAGCAUGUGAUGUUCCAUCUGGAUGGUUAGUGAAAUAUAUAUUGUAUCCCUUUAAUUUAACUGUUCUUUCAUCAGUCAUAUGUGUUUCAGUCAGUAAGAGAAUGUCUAUUUUAUUUAGGUUGAUAAAGAUUUCUACUUCAUGUUUGUUUGGUGAUAGACCAUUUAUAUUCCAUGUAGCAAUCUUUAAGGAUUUCUCUGGUUACAUUGGGCUAUUAAUGUCGUUAGGAGUCCCAUUAAGGUACCUAGUUGUUGGAUGAGGAUAUCAAUCUUCUCUGAUUGUUUUAAGAUUACUUGUUCUAACAAGUUAGUUGGCUGAGCUUGGGUGCUCUGUUUCGAUUUAUCCCAAUAACCAAUUUUUUCAGGAUCUGGUAUGUGGGAUUGUUGUUGUUGUGUGUUUUCUUUCUUACUAGAUGGACCUUGUUUAGAAAGUGAACUUCUGGUGUUCAGUGGAGGAAAGUCAUCAAGGUUAAAAGGCAUUUGAGGCUUUUGAGUGUGUGUACUUGUUUUCUUAUUUUGAUUGUGGUUCGAGUCUACUUUUUUGGCUCCCAUAAUUUUUCUUGCUCGUAUUUCUUUGUAUACCUGACAACCUUUAUAAUUUGCAGGGUGAUUUCCGAGACAUAGGGUGCAAGUAGCUGGAGAGUUUCUGUCUUUUUUAGGACAGUCUGUGGUUCGAUGCCCUUGUGCACAUUUAACACAUCGAAACGGACGCAUACAAUUAUUUUUUGUGUGCCCAUAUUGUUGACAUCUAGUACAUUGUGGGAUGUCAUAUGUUUUCUUUGGAUCCUUGACUCUUGUGUUGUAUAUGAAUUCGAUGUCUUUUACCUUGAUGUUGUUAGGAGCAGGUUCUAGGUUCACGAAAAACAUGUUCAAUGGCAUCUUAUUUUUUCUGGAUCUCGCACAUAUUACUUCACCUCUGACUGUGUUACCAGAUUUCUCCAUUGCUUCUUUAAUUGCUUCCACUGGUGUUGUGUGGUGUAGAUUUUUAACCACUAUUCUAUAGCAUUUAUUCUGCUUUUGAGUGAAUGUAUGGCCUAUGAGUCCAUUUUUACGCAUCAGUUCAAUAAUGUUUUUGUACACCUCAGUACUUUGUGUAGCAAUCCUAAGUUGGUUUCUAUUAAUUACUUUGUAGGUGUAGCUAUCACUCGGUAUAGUACUGAUCAGCAAUUCUGUUAGUUUGGAAACAUCAUCUAUUCCAUAGACAACUAUAGGUGGAGGUUUGAUAACCUUUUUUGGAUGUUCUAUCAUUGGUUCAUCAGUCAAGUCUAUAGGCAGUCCACUAAAACUGUUGGACGUAUUGAUUUUUCCAUCUUCGGUUAGUAUGGUUGGUGGACUAUUAACUUUUUUUCGUUUUGGGUUCCUUGUUGUCGGUAACCUUUGCCAAGAGGGUGGCAAUUGGUUGUCAUGUGUUUCACCACAUGAGCUAUUUUUCUCUGGCGUCACCAGGUGUGGCGCAUUUGUGGACUUAUUUGUUGUGGUGAUAUUCCCUAGGGAUGAAGAUCUAGGUCUUGAAACAAAAAGGCUUGGAUGGAAAGCCUGCUGCAUAAGCUUCUUAGUAGUACCAGUAGCAUUUACUAAUAAAGGAGCCUGGUUCUCCGCUCCUGUAUAGUCUUCGGUAGCUAAUUUCUCACUCACAGGCCCGGGUACCUGUGAGCGCCGGGCGCUGGCCGGGUCGCAUGGCAAAUCGCAUUUCUCAUAUUCGGACAUUUUCAUAAUAUAAAAAGGGUUGGGAAAAUAUUAAUAGUACUUUCCCAAGGCACUACACUCAGAUUUUUCGAACAAACCACGUUCUGGCUCCUGCUAGCCAACCGAUAAUCGGCGAACUACUCUUUUAGAGGGGAUUUAAUCCCUCUUGGCCCGUAGUAGCCAAUGGACAGGUUAUUUACCGCCGCCUGUGACUCGGCGUUGUUGCUCGUUUAGCACCACCCAGGGGACACGUAUAGGGUGGGCUUGGAAGUCAAUGUAAACUUUCAAAUUUGAGCCUGAUAUGUCCAGUGGUUUGGGCUGUGCGUUAAUAAAUCACUAUGUCAGUUAAUAUGUAAAGAUAGCAGUUGGUCAUUACCAAAGCAGUCUUGUACAAAGUACAAACUACUGUGAGAAAUUAUUUAUAUGCCGAUUGUUAAACUUUGUUGCCUAGUUUAAAAAAAUAGGAUAUUGUAUUGUUGUUUAUAAUAGUUUUAGGCUUGUCAAAUAAAUUAUUUUAUUAAUAAUU